GCUUAAGACGUGACUAAGACUCGAGUAAGACUGAACAUCGUUGUUGCAUGCUAGUCGUGCCCCAAUUUACGAAUACCAAUAAGGUGGACAUUGACACGAGAUUUGUCAACCUGAUAGCCGGUGAAGUACGAUUUCAAGAUAAUAACAGUUACGAACAUUUAUCGUGUUGGCUACAAAAUGACAACAAAUCUCAUAUCACUCAAACUGACUUGUCAUUCUUUUGAAGCUUUUGGAGUGAAAUUAAUUCUUUUGUGAUGCCCUGCUCAAUAAAUUGACGUCUAUACGUGUUAAUUACAUGCGAUAUUUUCUUAAGAAGUAAACAUUAUUGUCUUUUUGUGGCGUUGCCAACGUAGAACAGAAAGUGAAAAUUGCUUGCAGUGUUACAACACGGACCAAACAGCCACGAAAUGAGUGUUCAUAUCGAUUCAUAACUGGAUUUCAAUUAUCGAGUGACUGCGUAAAGGUCACUACACAUAAACAGCGCUUACCUGCUGCUAUUUACAAAUUCAGGCAGUAUUUAACAACGUGUUGUAAAUCAUCAUCAAGCGAUUCCAAUAUGGCAACAGAGGGAAUGGUAACUUCUUUGCCCUUUGUAAAGCAAGAGGACAAUUACAAAGUUAGUGACUUCUUAUCUAAGGACAGACCAACAGAAAGUAAGACUUACCUCGAGAAAAGUUUGAUGUGGGAAGUUGCGGACGGCAUCGAGUGGGUCGAACCAGAGAUAAUUAAUGUGAAAAGUGCAGAUCAUAGGAAAGUUGCUCUUCCCGACACAUCUACAGCAACCAAAACCAGGCGGCCUAAAGAUCAGAGUCACGGCAAAGAUGACAUGAAACUUCCAAAGAAUGCGAGCAAAUCUCUAGAAUUAAACACUGCUUCUUUAGAUCAUCCUUAUCGCAAUCAGGCAAAUCAACUCACGACGACCGAACUGCCAAGAAUGCCGCUUAUACGACAGCGAGCAAGGUCCUUUACCGAACCCGGCAUGCCGUCUUCUCUUGAGGACACCGAUACUCCUCAAGGUAAACUGUUUCGCCAAAACCUCAGCUUAAUUUAUCGUCAAAAGAAAGAAAUAGGAAAGCUAGAGUAUGACAACGUGGCAUCAAGACAGACAUUACAAGAAGCCCAUGAUCUGAUUGGAAAUCUUAAGGAAAAGAUUGAAAAAAGAAAUAGAUACAUCAGGGAGAGAAAUAAAAAAGAAGGAGACAUCGCUCGUGUAGUGGAGACUUUAAGAAGAGAAAGGGACGAAAAGCUCAUAGAAUAUAAGCUGAUAAUGAAAAAAAUGAACGAAGCUCUCGCUUUAAAAGACAAAACCUUGGAGAAUACAGAAGAGGAAAGGACACAAGUCGAGACUCUUUACCAAAAACAAUUAAAGGAAAAUACCGAUCUGAUGAAAAAAAUAGAAGCCAGAGAAAAACAGAUAAAACAAUUGAAAGAAAAGACGGAAAAAGCAAAGAGGUGGAAAGAUGAUGUCCGAAGCUAAGUCCACUAGUAAGCCUUGUCAAGUGGUGCCACGUUUUAAUUGUAGAUUUUCCUUUUGCUUCGAUUACAUGAUGUCAAUGAUCACAUAUGUAAACUGUAUUUUGAAGGUGCUUUCAGCUUCUUCCUUGUACCUCAACUCCUCACAAGAAAAACUAAAGGCGGUUUAUUUAUAGCACUGCACCUAAAUCAUAAAUGACUUUUAAAUAUUCAAUAUGUAUAUUAAGGGAUUAAGGCUUAACAUACACCUUCAUUUCACCAAAACAACUUAAAAGAUUAUAGGAUUAGUGGUUUAACAUACACUUUCAUUUCAUCAAAACAACUUAAAAGAUUAUAGGAUUAGUGGUUAUCAAGAUCUCUUGUGGUUUUCAUUGAUUGGCAAAAGUUUUACGUUCGUUGUUAUCAUUUUGAUCACUUUUCGACAGAAUGAUCGAUAGCCUGGGCGAGUCUUGACGCGCUAGUGUUUAUGGUACAGCUCGGAUCCUUAUUGAGGCCCUAUGUGCCAUUGGGCAUUCCCGGAUUGAGUGAUUGGGCUUGGGCUUUGAUAACUGGAGGAAUACCAGUUACUACAGAUCAGAAACAUUUCGGAGAGUUAAUAUAGAAUAUGUGUAUUGCCUGCAAAUAGAAUUUUUGUAUUUUCUCUCCUUGAAUUUCUGUUACAAUAAUAUUGAGUUACACUGGUUAUUGGGGAGGAGCCAAUGAUGGUUAUGUCAACCCCCUCCAAUUACUACAGAUCAGAAACAUUUCGGAGAGUUAACAUGACAUAAAAUAUUGCCGGCAAAUAAAAUUUUUCUAUCUCCUCUCCUUGUAUUCUUGUUUCAAUCAUAUUGAGUUGCACUGGUUCAUGAGGAGGAGUCAACAAUGGUUAUGUCAACCCACUUCCAUGUUGUGUGCAGGUAACAUGUUCAAGCAAACCAUGUGCUUGCCAUUUCCCCGAUUUAUCUACGGUGACAAGAAGAGUCUUGCAAAAAAUAACACGAGACCAGAAAUUUUCGUAUCCGCACUUCUAAGGAGCCACAUCACGGUUUGCCCAUCUUGAAAAGUUUACUCUAAAUCAUUCAAGUACGUCGUUCGUAACCGUGUUAAUCUUCUCCAUCCUUAACCAUCCUUGUUCCUCUAUAGAUUAUU